AAACUCUCAUGUUCUACGAGUUGGAGCGACAGCUGUCUCUGGCUGGGUUUGCCGAUCAUGAGAAGCUAGAGCAUCUGUUCAACCGGGUCGACCUCGACAAGAAUGGGACGCUGGACUUUGCAGAAUUCCUGUGCCUGCUGUACCUCUGGGUGGACCAGGGGGACUACUCGCAUUUCUUUCAAGUCCCGCAGAACGCGAUGAUCGUCUCCCAAUCGUUUGCGCUCAUGGAGAGAGCGAUGAUCAAAUACGACAAGGACAAGAGCAGAGCACUGUGUAUAGCUGAACUGAAUUCUUUCUUCAAGGACCACCUGCCGGAAGCCUUUUACUCUGGUACUUACCAACAAAUUGUCGACCUUGUAUACCCCGUCUCUUCCCGGCAGGCUGGGAAGGAGCUUUCCUUCCCUAAGUUCAUGAUCCUCCUCUAUGAGAUCAUGUGCCGAUACCCACAAUCGAAGCUCGAUGGCUUCUUCUCGAAGCUUGGAUCCCACAGCCAGUACGUCAUGGACGCCUCACAGGAGCACCACAGCAAAGAGAAGAGCCGAUUGUGGAUAUCUCUCCAGCAGGCCUUUCAGCACCUCGAAGAGGAUUUCAAUCGAUUCGAUGCGAAUGGCGACAUGUUGGUCGACUUUGUUGAGAUCACUCAGGGAAUCCCGCUGACUUGUCAAGGAACAGACAAGGUGAGUAUCUUGUCUCGGCUGGAGUAUGCCUACAAGCAGGUGGACUUCGAUCGCUCCGGGACGUUGGACUUCUUCGAGUUCGUCUACAUGAGUUUCAUGAUGACACAGAACGGGUCCUACCAUGAGCUGGUAGAGCACUCGCAAGGGUCCCAGAUCGUCAAGAAGUCGUUCAUUGACAUCCACACAUUCUACCGGAAGUACGACACAGACGGGAACCUCCGGCUCACGUACGAUGAACUUGAGAAGUUUUGUACAGAUUUGUUCGGGGAGAUUCCGGCUGAGGUUCCCGGGCUGUUCGCUAAAGUGAGUUACCAAAGCUCGGCGACGCAGGGAAGGAGGGCAGUCGAUGUGGUUCGAUUUAUGAAGUUGCUGUACAUGCUGAUCAAACCCAACGGAAGGUUUCAUCCUGACAGGUACAACCCGACCAAGCAGCCCGCCUCAAAGAACGACAACAUCAUCUCCAUGCCCAUGGCAAAGCAUUCCACCAGGCCCUCAAGGUUUCAAAACAUCGUCCCAGCCAAGUUCAUGAAGCACAAGCUGCUGGGUAAAGGAGGACAAGGGGAGGUCUACAUGGGACAGUAUGAGACAGUGCUGUGUGCGGGGAAGACGCUGAUAGGCGACAUCGAUGAGCAUGCUGUGCGAGAAACGAUGGCGGAGGUCGAUUUCUUCAUGAAGCUGGACCAUCCUAAUUGCCACUACCUGCUGGGGGCCAAGACCUCGAUCGAGAACGGAGGGAUCCUACUGCUGACUGAAUUAUGUGAACUUGGCUCCAUCUACGACUUCUACGGGAAAAGCCGAAAGACUUUCGACAUCCCGACAGCAUUGCGACUUGCGCACGAAUGCGCGACAGGCUUCUCGGUGAUCCACCAGAUGGGAUUCAUGCAUCGAGACAUCAAAUCUCUGAACGUGUUCCUCACUUCUGAUUUCAUCGCCAAGGUCGCUGACUUCGGCAUGUGUACAAACUCUCCGUUCGCAUGCGAGGCCUGCGGGACCCCGCAGUGGAUGGCGCCAGAGGUGCUGGCCAACGUGCUGGGCAAGGCGACCAUGUACGAUCACAGCAUCGACAUUUACAGCUACGGGGUCCUCCUCUGGGAGCUCUUUCAUUGCAGCACUCCCUACGCGGACACGAGACUAGAUCAGAUGGGGAUAUGUAAGAGCGUCUUCUACCAUGACAUCCGACCCAAGGUUGGCUCCUGCUGCCCUCCUCGCAUCGCUGCGAUCAUCCAUCAGUGCUGGGACAAGGUACCAGGGAACCGCCCGUCCUUCCUCCAGAUCUGCUCGGCGCUAGAAGAGAUUCGAGGCUCCAUGGCUCUGUGAGAAGCGAGAGAGAGGAAGAAGAGAGGAAGAAGAGAGGGAGCUCGUGUACGAUGGGAUUACAUAAGAUUCAAUAUAAGUGUCAAGGAAGG